AGAUAUAGGAAGUCAACAACACACAGUGGCCAACAUGGCGCAGUGGUAGGGCAGGUUUGCCGGUGGGACCACCGGAGUUUCACGGCUUCUUCCUGCUCCAAUUUCUUCAGUUAAGAGUUUGCUCAUGAGUCGAGAGCAUAGUUUUGAGAUGAAAGGUUCCUCCGCCAACUUCGCCAUGGACCGGCCCGAGAACGACGAGCGGCAGCUCAUCAACCAGUCGGCGGGCGACCGUAGCGGUGUGACCCGCCAGCCGGCCCGCAAGACUCCGCUGAUCCUCUACGUGCUCACCCUGCUGGCGGCGAUCGGCGGGUUCCUCUUCGGCUAUGACACCGGGGUGGUGUCCGGGGCCAUGAUCCUGAUCCGGGACGACUUCAAGCUGUCGACGGUGUGGCAGGAGGCGAUCGUGAGCGUGACCAUCGGCGCGGCGGCCCUCUUCGCGCUGCUGGGCGGGCUGCUGAACGACACGUUCGGCAGGAAACCCGUCAUCCUGCUGGCCAGCUUCGUCUUCACGGCCGGGGCGGUGGUCAUGGGCGCCGCGCAGUCUAAAGUACUGCUCCUCAUCGGCAGAAUCGUCGUGGGCAUCGGGAUAGGUCUGGCCUCAAUGACUGUCCCCAUGUACAUAGCGGAGGCAGCGCCACCAGAGAUGCGUGGACGGCUCGUCACUAUCAACAACAUGUUCAUCACGGGCGGGCAGUUUGUCGCCAGCGUCAUUGACGGAGCGUUCAGCUACAACAAGCAGGACGGAUGGAGAUACAUGUUAGGCCUGGCUGGUGUUCCCUCCCUGGUACAGUUUGUGGGGUUCCUGUUCCUGCCAGAGAGCCCCCGCUGGCUGGUCCAGCACGGAGACAACCUGAUGGCUAAGAUGGUUCUGAAGAGGAUGCGGGGCGUGGACAACGUGGAUGAAGAGUUCGACCAGAUCAAACAAUCGUUUGAGGAGGAACAGAGGGAGAGAAAAGAUUUAGAUGUGAGUGGGCCUGUUCUUCUGCGCAUGCUGCAGCACCCCCCCACCCGCCGGGCGCUCUUUGUCGGCUGCGGACUGCAGAUGUUCCAACAGAUCGCCGGCAUCAACACCGUCAUGUACUAUUCUGCCAGCAUCAUCAAGAUGGCAGGUGUGCAGGAUGACUCCAUGGCCAUCUGGCUGGCAGCUGUCACUGCCUUCGUCAACUUCAUCUUCACCGCUGUGGGGGUGUACCUGGUGGAGAAGGUGGGCAGAAGGAUCCUGGCUCUGGGCAGCAUGGCAGGUGUGUUCCUGAGCCUGUUGGUGUUAGCCAUUGCCUUCUGGUUCUCUGCUCAGUACUCCCCUCCCAUCACCUACCUGCCUACUCCUGACAGCAACAUCUCACAGCACUGCAACACAUACAAGACAUGUAACCAGUGUGCACUGGAUGAUGACUGUGGGUACUGCUUCAGUCUGGACUCAAACAACUCGGUUACCAAUGGCUCCUGCAUGGCUACAGACACCGGCAGAUGGGACUCGUUUGCCAGAACUGGUCGCUGUGCGUACACCAACAACACAGCAGACCACCGGAAGGUGGGGGUGAACUGGGCCUUCAACUACUGCCCGUCUCACUACUCCUGGCUGGCCAUCCUGGGGUUGGUCCUUUACCUCAUGUUCUUUGCACCAGGAAUGGGUCCCAUGCCGUGGACCAUCAACUCUGAGAUCUACCCCCUCUGGGCACGCAGCACCGGCAACGCCUGCUCAGCUGCAACCAACUGGAUCUUCAACCUCCUGGUCUCCAUGACAUUCCUAACGCUGACAGAAACUCUAACAAGGCCAGGUGCCAUCUGGAUGUACAGCUCCUUGGCAUUCCUUGGACUCCUCUUCAUCUUCUUUCUUGUCCCUGAGACACGAGGUUACCGACUGGAGGAAGUAGAUCUGCUGUUUAACCGACCCUGGGGUCAGCUGACCGCCCCCUUGCAGCAGGACAGGGAAGUGCAAUAUAUUCGGGUCAGAGGUCAUAACCAGGGUACCUCUGAUGCCUCUGACAUUGAAUGACAGUAGAUAUUUGUUUCGGCCUUUGUUUAUUCAUGAAAUACUUUGCCUGCUGGCUGCUUUUCAUUUCUUAGUUAUGUCAUCAUAAGAAAUAAUUUUUCAACUUUUUUCUUCUUCCCCUUAUUUUAAACAAGCUUCCAUGUCUGCACUAUUUCAUGACAGUAGAUAGAAGAUUUUUAACAUGAAGAUUUAUCAUACAAAGCCAUAAUGUAGCUCUAUUUAAUAUGCCCUCAAUCCAAGGCAUGAAUUUGUCCAGUAGACAUUAUGCAGAUUUUCAAUUAUAGAAAAUGAAUUUAAUUAUCCUGAUAAUGCAUUAAACUAUUAUUUAUUAUUACAUAUAUACCUCAUUUUCAGGCAGUGUUUCCUUCAACAGUUGUUGGAAAUGUUUCUAUUAAACCAGUGAGAAAAGAAGACUUUCCCUUUUAUGUUGUCUUGAAAAAAUACAAAAUAACACUCUACAUGAGAAACAAAGUCCACAUAGUGCCCAAGCAAAUGAUGAUUAUGAUGUCUGUAUUUUUGAUGUUAGAAGUAAGUAUAAAUUAUACCAACUGUGUCUUGGAGUGAGUACACAAACUACAUAUUGUCAGUAGCUGCUAACACUUGCAUGUACUUAUGACCACACCAACUGAAUUCAUGGAUGGAUAGUCUCAGAUUUUUAAGAUACCAAGGCUACAAGUCUACAUUGUAUAUGUGCAUAGUACAGAGCACAGCAGGGUGACAUUUGAUAUCACAUGUUCAUGUAUGAAGAUGUUGACUCUAAUAGUUAAGAGUGUUUAAUACCCAAGAGAUCUAUAGGUAGCAGGUACACAAUGUAUUUUAACUGGUGUGACUCCUUUACCUGACAGGUGAUUUCAGGUCAUUUGAAGCUUAAUUUUACACAUUUGUAGUACAUUUGUAGAUCAGUCUGUUUUCCUCUAUAACUUUACCUUUACAAGUUAUAUACUAGUAGAAAGUAAUUAUGGUGCAUUAUUCUUUUUGUGCAUUAAAUUAUGACAGACAAUUUGAUAGGUAUGAAAAAAACUUAGAAUUGUAAGAUUACAACUGUACAAUAAUAAUUCACAUCAGGUCUGAAAUGUCUAAAACAAACAAACUCAGAAAAUAUGUACAUGUACCCAAGACUAUCAGUAAAAUCAUGUUGCUACAAAUGUAUGAAUACACCCCCUUUCCACCAGAGGCUGUAACUGAUGACAAACCACAACCAAUAAAUUGCACAGAUGAGGAAAUAAUUUUUUCAGGUUUCACAAUGUAUGUCUUUGCAACACUUUUACACUGUAAAUCACAUUUCACUUAUGAAACCAGGAAUCACACAAAUCCAAAUUUGGUCACUCAGUGGUUGUGCAGGAAUCGCUGUCUGGUGGAAAGAGGGCCUUAUACAUGUAUGUCCUUGCUGUGAUCUGUAACAUACAAAAAUGUACAUGUGUAUGCCGUAGUGUGGGCAUCCUGCGAACCAUCUACAUGUACAUGUAUACAGCUGUAUGUAUAUGGGCCUCUGGCCUGAAGCAAAGAAUAAAUAAAUAAGUAUGUCGA